CCAAUUUUUGAUAAUUCUUCCUUCUUUGGACUUCAUGUAGUUACUUAAUUUGAAUUUGUUCUAAUACUAAGCCUUUGUUUUGUUAAUAUGGUUUCGACUGAAAGACUUUGUCUCCAGGUCAUGCAAUAAAUUAAAAAAAUAAUAUUUGUAUUCAUGUUCACAAAUCAUUUUAUGUUUACGAUUGCGUUUUGGUGCUUGUCCUUCAGAUUUCAACUGCUAUAGCCGAAUUACAGCUUUAUAGAGUUUGGUGCAAAGUUUUAGAGACAAUAGAUUGUCAAAUCAUUGAAUUAAUUAAUAUAUAAGAGCUCGUGUUCAACUGUAGAAUGCCUACUUGGAACCAAAUACAGUCUCAGCUGAGGAACCCAAACAACCCGGUCGUUUUCUUUGAUAUCACUGUAGGGACCACAGAAAUAGGCCGUAUGAUAUUUGAGUUGUUUGCUGACACAGUGCCAAAGACUAGCGAGAACUUUAGAGAAUUCUGCACUGGAGAAUAUAGAAGAGAUGGUGUUCCAUUAGGUUACAAGGGAGCAACAUUUCACAGAGUUAUAAAGGAUUUCAUGAUUCAAGGCGGAGAUUUCGUUAAUGGUGAUGGGACUGGUGUGAUGAGCAUCUACGGUGGCAGCACAUUUGCAGAUGAAAAUUUCACAUUAAAACAUGAUUCACCAGGUCUGCUGUCUAUGGCCAACAGUGGCAAAGACACCAAUGGUUGUCAGUUUUUCAUCACCUGUGCUAAGUGCAACUUUUUAGAUAAUAAGCAUGUAGUGUUCGGAAGAGUUAUUGAUGGACUACUUGUCAUGAGGAAAAUAGAAAACGUACCAACUGGCCCUAACAACAAACCGAAAAUACCAGUAACAAUAUCACAAUGUGGGCAAAUGUAA